GUUAUAAACUUUCGUUCACUCUGUAUGUCUUUCAGUUGUGCACAUUUUGCCGAUAAAAAUGGCAGUUCCCAAAAAUUUCCAUUCCUUUAUAUUGCAAUAUUUGACAGUAGUUUUGCCAAUUAUAAGCCCAGUGUUUGUUCGCUGUGAAAUUCCUACGAAGAACUACUCCUCCUAUUCGCCGUAUCCAUUAUGUGUUCCUUCGGAUUACAUGGUGUAUCCGACCAAUAUCAGUCAAGUUGUGGCAAUUGUAAAUGAAGCCAUCACCCGUGGCAUUACAAUCAAAGCUUUUGGUAAUCGCCAUUCACAGACAGAUAUAAUCUGUACGGACGGCAUUCCCGUUGACAUGUCCGAAUACAAAUUUUUCCGGAUGAACGAUGACAAUGUCACCGCAACAUUUGGUCCAGGCGUAACAAUAUAUGAAGCUGGCGAAUUUCUGUUACAGUAUCGCCGAGCUUUGAGAACCACUGCAGCUUUUGGCAAUAUCACAUUGGGAGGGGCAAUCGGAACCGGUGCGCAUGGUUCCACAUUAAAGUAUAACUCAACCAUUUCCGAACAGGUUGUUCGCCUAACUGUUGUUAAUGGACUCGGAGAGAUCGUAGAAAUUUUCGAUCCACAGGACUUAAACGCUUUUAAGGUUAAUCUCGGACUCCUUGGCAUCCUGGUGGAAAUAACUUUGUACACUGUGCCAUUGUACAAAGUCCUCGCCCAUAAUUACGUUGUAUCCGACGAGAUUCUCACCGACGGUACGGCUUUGAAUUGGGCGAGAAACUCUGAUCAGAUUACGUUCUAUUGGUUUCCCGCAUUCCAACAAGUUGUUGUUGCAAAUUUAACCUUUGUAAGUGCUAGCUCACCUGGAGAAGCGUAUACCAAUGCUGUUGCGCCACGAACCUACGGAUAUUUCAAUUACAUUGCGACUAAGUCGAAGGAAUUUGCUUACGACUUAACUUCCAGCCAAUGUACACUGGCGUCAACACUAGGAAACAAAAUUGCCCGCUCGUUUGAAAUCAUUGCAAAGUCGGGUCUUGUUACGCAAACACUUGGCACAGUGCCCAUUUAUACCGAAGAUGGAAAUACUGUUGAAAAUCCUGCGACCGGUUUUCCGCAUGCUAUGUUUUCUGUACCGUGCGGUGCCGAUGAUGUCGGAUUUUCCGGAGAAUCGUGCCAUUGGGCUCAUGGUGACAUAAAAUCGAAUAUAUCGAUUUUGGACAAUGAAGUUUGUAUAGAUGUAGACGAUCUGUCGGCAUUUGUCAUAGCUACCAAAGACAUUGUAGCGAAAACUCCGACAGUAUUUCCGCUACAGGGACUUUUUAUGAGAUUGUCUUCAAAGUCUAACGCUUACAUGUCAACCGCGUACCAAAGGGACUCGAUACACGUUGAAUUCGCUGUGUGGAAACGCACUAAUGUUUACGAUGAGGCAUCUGGAAGUCUGGCCGGAUAUCAGUCAAUUAUGCAGCUGUUGACAAAGAGAUUCCAAGCACGCUCCCAUUGGGGUAAAAGUGGUCUCUUUUACCAUAGCAGUGAAAUGCUGGAUCUGAAGUUAAAUGAUACAGCACGAGCAAACUUUGUUGGUGCUAUGACCAAAUUUGACCCGAACGGAAUUUUCCUGAACAAAUUCGGCCUACGUAUAACUGGAGAUGGUACCGCAAUCGAUUCGGAUCCGUUAAUGUCAACAAACAAGUGUGCUUUAUUGGACACCUGUAUCUGUUCGAAAGACUCGGAUUGUGGGAAUAAUCAGCUUUGUUCAACGCUCCCGGGAUAUACGUAUCCCGUAUGCAAAACAAAAAACGAAGAGCCCGACUUGCUUGAUCUGACAUUUUAUCCGCCCAUCAGUGGCUUACUCGAUUGGCUGAAUGAAACUGUUCCAGUAUUAGCUAGCACUGUUAAUGGUCAAUGUUCCUUGUUGGGUGGAAUUGGUGGAAUUUUAGGAUAAAGAAUGCUGGUAAAUUAAUUCAAAGUCACAUUUCGGCGGCAAUGUAAAAAGAAAAUUUAGAUUAGAACUGAAAAUAAACUCUAGUCGUGA